AUGACAAGAGAUUUUGGGAGAAUUCAGGAAUAUCUUGUUUCCUUAAGUACUUGGAGGACAACAACUCUCUUGACACUUUUUCAAGUCUUCAGGCAAGGAAAUCAAGGAAGAUCCAAAGAGAUCCGCUCACCGAAACUGGAUUUAUUUGAUAGAUCUCCACCAAAUUGGCAUUGUUUGUGGAAAGACGUAGUUACGACGACACUGGGCUGGCAAAGCACCUAUGGGUUUGAUCCACCCCAGGGAUGGAAAGAUGGUGGAAAAAUGUCACGCACCAUCGAGGGCAGUGACGUAACCUUGCUUGCAGUUGGGAUUCCCAAGGGGGACAAAGACCGACAAAGUGGGGAAGCUCGGGUUAAUCCUUCCAUAGCUCAGGCAGAGUUAGAGAAGAUGAUUGCAGAUGCGAUGGCAACAAACCCAGCAUACUCUUGCCUCAUUAGAAGCAAUGCUCCAGUGACGAGGAACCAAAGUGUUCCAUUAUUCCUCGAGUGUCGCUUCACUAGCAACGAGAGAUCCAACUCUAGAGUGCUAGAUGCAGAGUUGUCAUAUUGGUUUUGGGAACCGGGCUUAUCCUACCAUCUUAGGACUUUUGAAAACAUGGAUUUUCGAAGAUUCAACUUGAUGUUUAUUACUCAGUUCUCUAGUGCGAUCUACAGAUACCAUAUGGACUACGGACACACAAUGAAUAACUGCAAAAAGCUGAAUGAUGAGAUUGAAAGACUGAUCCGAGCCGGUCACUUGAAGGAGUUCGCCUAUAAAGAUAGAGAUAUAAAGAAAAAAAAGGACGACAAGAGAAAGCUGAAUCUUGAGGAAGAGAGCUGGAAAUCGAGCAAGGAAAAGAAAGAAAUCGGGCAAGAAGAUAUUUCCGAAGGUGCACAUGCAUUUCCUAGUCGGAUUGAGACGGCGAUGGGGGUUUCCGGCUUGUUACAGCCGCACCCGGCAUAUAAAGGGCCGCACCUCAGGCUUGCUCCCAGUUUCACUUCUACACCUACCCAAGAAGAAGCUGAAGCAGACAAUGACCAAGAUCCUCAGGACCUCGAAUAUGUCGCACAAAUUAAAAGGGUUUUGGAGCUCCUUAGGAAAAACAGAGAUAUGUUCUUCAAUGAGGUCAAGUUGACCAUAAUGAUAGAAGAUCCUAGAGAUGUGGAGCGGCGGUGUAUGCUGGGCAUUGAUGAUGAAGAUGCUCCUACCAGGGAUGACCUAGCCGAUGCUUUAGUUGAAGCAACCAAGAAGAAACAACCUGGCAAAUCUUUAUACGCAAAAGUGACGGACACAGGUGUUGAUCCACAAGAGGCUGCCAAGAGGCUGAAUAUUGAUUGGGAUUCAGCUGCUGAGAUUGGCGAGGCCGAGACUGUUGAUGAUGUGGAGGUUCCCUCGGCUGUGGUUAAUCCUUAUUCUGGAUAUAAACUGAUUAUAACCUUGCAACUGCAGGGAUAUGGAGCUCUUUACUUGGUUACAGCGUUUCCAGCGUUGACGGAGAUGCAUUGCGGGAUGGUUAGUCGUCAAUCGAGAUUGUAA